AUGAACUUUAUCUCGGUUAAGGGGCCUGAGUUGUUCUCUAAAUGGGUAGGAGAGUCAGAGAAGGCUAUAAGAGAUCUAUUCAGUCACCUGCCACCGCUGCAGCAACAGCACCAGCAGCAGCAGCAGCACCAGCAGCAGCAACUGCACCAGCACCAGCAACAGCACCAGCAGCAGCAGCAGCAGCGACAGCACCAGCACCAGCAACAGCAGCAACAGCAGCAGCAGCAGCAGCAGCAGCAGCAGCAGCAAGUGUGUGUGUUGCUGCAUGCAGACGAGCCCGGCAGAAUGCUCCCUGCGUAA